AUUCCCUUUGAUUCGGACAACAAUACAUCCCACGCAUUAAGUAUUUGUUGCCGAGUAAUAUGCUCCUCCUUGGAUUGUACGUUGUGGUAUUAUCGUUCAUUCUUCGCGCCCUCCCACCCUUCCAUGAUUCCAUCAGAUGUAUCUUAUCCUAUGGCGACUGAAUGGAUCGAUCUUCCGCAAGAGGUUUUGACGGAGAUCCUCUCACGGCUGCCGGCGAAAUCCCUCCUCCGAUUCAAAUCCGCCUCCAAACUCUGGUACGCUCUCCUCCAAAGCCCUAGCUUCGUCGCCCUGCACCACGCCCGCGCCCCAACCAAUGACUGCCUUUCCGUCGUGACCCGGAAAGUCGAGGGCAGGGUCAAAAUCUCCCCCUCCUUGUUCCCCACCCAAACUUCUUCAAUCGAACAACUAGACUUGUCUUUCACCGGCGUAGACGCCGGGGAUCUUCACAUCUUCGACUCUUGCGACGGCGUCCUCUGUCUCUACAGUGACUCCAAUAUCGUGAUAUGUAACCCCGCUACCAGAGAAUUCAGGCUACUCCCUUUACCCGUUUAUACAACAAUGCAUGUCUUUUAUCUCGGCUUUGCGUUUGUUCCCAAUGCUAAUGAUUAUAAAGUCCUCUGUCUCUACAGUGACUCCAAUAUCGUGAUAUGUAACCCCGCUACCAGAGAAUUCAGGCUACUCCCUUUACCCGUUUAUACAACAAUGCAUGUCUUUUAUCUCGGCUUUGCGUUUGUUCCCAAUGCUAAUGAUUAUAAAGUUGUUAGGUUCGUUGAUGAUACCGGCAUUGCUUGUGAUGAAAUGGGUUAUCCUUGCUACAACGACGAUUCCGAUAGUACCCCCUUUCUUGGGAAAGUUGAAAUCUAUGCCCUGAGUACCGAUAGCUGGAGAGAAGCGGACACCGUUGUGCCCGAAUAUUCUAUCUAUCACUUGCAAACCCACCGCUGCACAUCAUCGGAUGGGGUUUUCUACUGGUUAGCUGACGAUCAUUGUGCUCGUGUUCAUGUAAUUUGUGCGUUUCGCAUGUUGGACGAAUUGUUCGAGCGAAUACCAUUGCCCGAAAACUUUCACAUUCUGUCUCUUUCUAACCUCUGCCUUCUGAAGGAUUCCCUUGCCCUUGUUGUUUUGUCGGACACUGACCACUGGCGAGUGGCUACGUUCUUUGACGUAUGGGUAAUGGAUGAGUACGGAGUUAAGGAGUCUUGGACUAAAAAAUACGUUAUUGGACCCCUCUUAGGAAGUCACGAUGCUCUGGGAUUUCGGUCAAAUGUUGAGGUUCUUCUGACAAGGUGCAACAAUAGGCAGAUGGUGUCGUAUGACCUAAGUACUCACACCAUAAAAGAGUAUAAUCAAAUAUGUGAUACCACAGGAAUAUACACUGAACAACAAGUUUUUCCAUAUGCAGAGAGCUUGAUUUCAGUCAAGACAUGAGCUGGAUGAGAUUGGUUUGUAUGCUACUACAUUUGCACAUUGGUAAGUUUCAUGAAUGGGAAAGUGAUAAGUGGUACCAAUCAGCAUCUGUAAGUCUUCUUGACACUCUUGUACUCAAGCACUGUGGAAUGGAAAGCAAUUUCUCUAGGUUUGCGUAUUCGAUGAGAUGAGUGAGGGUUCGAUUCCCAUCCUUGGAUAAUGGACAUAUUUCCCUUUUUCAUUGUUUCUUGUAUUUAUUGGGUUUUCUUCCAGUAGGAUAAUAUUAUGGCUUCAUUGCCAAAGGUGAACCUUGGUUUCUACUUAUGUUGGGAAGAAAACGUAUUUGGUUGCGACUUUAGACCAUAGGAUUUGCUAUUUUGUUGUAGUUAUUGUCUUGUUCAGAGUUGCACUAUGAAUCCUCUAAUUAUGGCUUCUUUCUAUAUAAUGAGGCAGUAAACAAGAAAGAAGGAAGGCCUAGUUGAUGGCUCCCCCUUUGUGUGGUCUGGUUGAUUUGGUGAGAGCAAGACACUCCAGGGUGUAAAGGAGACGGUUUAUAUCAUAUAGAGUGCAUUUUCUUGUAUUAUAUACAGCGGGGAUUUGAGGAUAGUUGCACCUUGAUUUGAUCAAAAUGUUGGAUUCUUUGGGUUUGUGAUUGGCAUUUUUAUGUUUUAGGGUCCUUGUUUUGCUUUUA